GUGAGGACCCGGGGACUCUAGACUAGACACGUGUGGGAGGAAGUGGCGCUGUCAGUCCGCGCGGCGCUUGUAGGCCUUUCAGCGUGAAGCGAUGGGAGGCCUGGAGAAGAAAAAAUAUGAACGGGGCUCUGCCACCAACUACAUCACCCGAAACAAAGCCCGGAAGAAGCUGCAGCUGAGCCUGGCUGACUUCAGGCGGCUGUGCAUCCUGAAGGGCAUUUAUCCCCACGAGCCCAAACACAAGAAGAAGGUUAACAAGGGCUCCACAGCAGCCCGAACCUUUUACCUCAUCAAAGACAUCAAGUUCCUCCUCCAUGAACCCAUCGUCAACAAGUUCCGGGAAUACAAGGUAUUUGUCCGGAAGCUCCGGAAAGCCUAUGGGAAGAGUGAGUGGAACACUGUGGAGCGUCUGAAGGACAACAAGCCCAACUACAAGCUUGACCACAUCAUCAAGGAGCGGUACCCCACCUUCAUCGACGCGCUGCGGGACCUGGACGACGCCCUCUCCAUGUGCUUCCUCUUCUCCACCUUCCCACGCACCGGCAAGUGCCACGUGCAGACCAUCCAGCUGUGCCGCCGGCUCACCGUGGAGUUCCUGCACUACGUCAUCGCCGCGCGCGCCCUGCGCAAGGUCUUCCUGUCCAUCAAGGGCAUUUACUACCAGGCCGAGGUGCUGGGGCAGCCCAUCGUGUGGAUCGCCCCCUACGCCUUCUCCCACGACCAUCCAACAGAUGUGGACUACAGGGUCAUGGCCACCUUCACCGAGUUCUAUACCACCCUGCUGGGCUUUGUCAACUUCCGCCUCUACCAGUCGCUCAACCUCUUCUACCCCCCCAAGCUCGAGGGUCAGAUGCUAGCAGAGAUGCAGGCCGGUGACGGCGCGUAUGCCCUGGAGUCCGAGAGCUCUAUGGAGAAACUGGUAGCCCUCAGUGCCAGCCUGGCCCGCGCAGUGGUGCCGACCACGGAAGAGGAAGCUGAGAUGGAUGAGUUCCCCAGUGAUGGGGAGAUGGCAGCUCAGGAAGAGGACCGCAGGAAAGAGCUAGAGGCACAGGAAAAGCACAAGAAGCUUUUUGAGGGCCUGAAGUUCUUCCUGAACCGCGAGGUGCCCCGCGAGGCCCUGGCCUUCAUCAUCAGGAGUUUUGGAGGGGACGUGUCCUGGGACAAGUCCCUGUGCAUUGGAGCCACUUACAGUGUCACAGACUCCUGCAUUACCCACCAGAUUGUAGACCGCCCUGGGCAGCAGACCCCCGUCAUUGGCAGGUACUACGUGCAGCCCCAGUGGGUGUUUGACUCUGUGAACGCCCGCCUCCUCCUUCCCGUGGAGGAGUACUUCCCUGGGGUGCAGCUGCCCCCACACCUCUCACCUUUCGUGACUGAGAAGGAGGGCGAUUACGUCCCACCUGAGAAGCUGAAGCUGCUGGCCCUGCAGCGGGGAGAGGACCCAGGAAACUUGAAUGAAUCAGAAGAGGAGGAGGAAGAGGAAGAUGAUGAUGGUGAGGAGGAGGAAGGAGGAGAAAAUGAAGAGGAGGAAGAUGCGGAGGCUGGUUUGGAAAAGGAGGAGGAGGCCCGACUGUCAGCCCUGGAGGAGCAGAGGCUGGAGGGGAAGAAGCCCAGGGUGACAGCUGGCACUGUGAAGCUGGAGGACAAACAGCGGCUGGUGCAGGAGGAGGAGAGCGAGGCCAAGCGGCUGGCCAUCAUGAUGAUGAAGAAGAGGGAGAAGUACCUUUACCGCAAGAUCAUGUUUGGCAAGAAGCGCAAAAUCCGUGAGGCCAACAAACUGGCAGAGAAGCGGAAAGCCCACGAUGAGGCUGUGAGGUCCAAGAAGACCAAGAAGGCAAGGCCGGUUUGAGGGCUGGUGGUACCUCGCUGGACUGAGGCCAGCUUCCCGUGGCUGGACGUAUGAUGGGCAGACCUGGUGAGAGACCAGAGUGGCUUCUCUUCUCACCUCCCCUCCUGCUCCUGCUGGCCCUGGCAAAGAAGAGGCCUUGCACCCAGCCUGAUGCAGUGUUCCCAGGGGUCACAGACGUGGGGGCAGGGGGCUUUCCUGACUGUCCUCCCCAACUGCUUCCCCCCCACACACACACACAGUUGGACCCAUGAUUCUUGGUACUGUAAUGGGGUAGGAGUGGGGGCAGCAUUUGUUAAUAAAUGGCUGGCAUUUUGCAGCCAAUUGGA